AGAGGGACAGAGAGGGGAUCCGCGGCUGCAGCAUCGUCCUCUGCAGGGAUCGGGGUCUCCUCGCCCGCCAACCUCCCGGACGGAGCCUUUUUUUGCAGCCAUUUGAAGGGAGCCGAACAGCCGAGAGAGUCGCAGCAGCCUCCUCGCCGCUUCAGGUAGAAACUUCUCUUGGGCUGCUGUGAUUCUCUAGAAAAUUACAGCUCUGUUGUUGCCCGUCAGACUUCAUGAAACCUGACUUGCUGAGUGCCAGCAAGAUUUCAAAUGUUUGAGUGACAGCAAAUUUUGGGUUUUUUAGUUUUGGUCAGUAAUCAACUUCCUGGAAAGGUCGUCACUUGCUCUCUAAUGUCUAAAUUUGGGUAGAAAUAAGAGAGAAAGGCAUGGAGGAGCCAAAAUCUGCAGGCCCGGAACUAGUAAUCAAACCAGACAAAGCAAAUGGCAGCCACACGGUUGAAUAUACCAUGGAGCAACCAGGAUGUGGAGCGUCUCAAGAUGACAAAGGGGGACCUGGCAAGGUGAGGCAAGAGCAAUGGGAAGCCCAGUGGCAGCAGUUCCUGAAGACCCUGCAGCCCCUUCACCCAGAAUGGGGAAGCCCCCCAGAGACGCCUGAGUCUGCCCCCUGGGAAGAUGCCAAGGCCUUCCUGGCCUCCUUUGAGCAAGUGGCCAAAGCCUGCCGCUGGCCCAGACGAGAGUGGGCAACCCGGCUCCUGCCUGCACUGAGCGGGGAAGCAGACGAGGCCUUCCGGAGCCUGGAAGCCAGAGACAGAGAGGAUUAUGGGAAGGUGAAGGCGGCCAUCUUGCGAGGGGCCGCCCUGAGGACGGAGGCUGAGCGCCAACACUUCCGACAGUUCUGCUGCCAGCAGGUGGAGGACCCCCGGAGGAUCCACCUGCAGCUGCAGGAUCUCUGCCACCGAUGGCUGAAGCCAGAGAAACGCAGCAAGGAGCAGAUCCUGGAGCUGCUGGUCCUGGAGCAGUUCCUGGCCAGCCUCCCUCCAAAGCUGCAGAGCUGGAUCCGAGCAGGAGGACCAGAGUCAUGUUCGCAGGCGGUGGCCCUGGCAGAGGAGUUCCUGAUGGCCAGCCAGCAAGACUUGGCCGAGGCUGCAGAAUGGCAGGGGCAUCUUAAGGAAGAGCGCAUGGAUUCUCCGGGUGCCAUACAGGACCAGAUCUAUGAAGAAGCCAAGCAAAAUGACGGCGGGGAGAUUGGUGUUCCUGGCAGUGCAAUCCAGAGCUCAAGUCACUCCCAUUUGUUGCUUUCUUCUGGAGGACAUGGAAUGGACCAGGCUGGUGAGAGGGAGGGACCGAUGGCUCUCAAGGAAACAGGUGUCCCAUUGCAGAUCGUCAAGCUGAGCGUGACACAGCCAGGCCCACAGACCCUGGUCUGGGAAGUUCUGAAGCAGGAGGAGGAGGAGGAUGGGAACGGAGAUUUUCUGGAUGAUGGGAAAGGAAGUGAAGUCAAGGUGGAGAAUUCUCCGUGUGGAGGAAAUGAGCCAGAGGACAUGCCCUGGACUCCCCCGGAGAUAAGCCUCGGGAAUGGGCUGGAGCCCAGCGAGAUUAAGGAGGAAGGAUGCCGAUUCAAAGAUGGGAAGAACCCUGUGGAGAGAGGGAAUGAAUGCAAUGAGCUCACAGAAGGUCCUGCAGUUGUCAUUAGCCAGACUUCCACAGUUGGCAAAAGGGGGGGAACGGCUUUGUUCUCCAGGUAUGGCAGGAGGUAUCGCUACCAAUCAGAACAUGCUAUGAUGCAAACAGUGGAGGACGAGAAUGAGCAUCCCAUGUCACAGGAAGAUGUCCGGCAACAGCAGAGAACCAAAAGAGGAGAAAGAAAAGCUGAAUUCUCUUGGAAUAGGAAAGGAAGCGGAGGCAAGCCCUACAAAUGUUCCCAUUGCGGGAAAUGCUUCAGGCUGAGUAAUUAUUUGAAGGAACAUCAGCUGAUUCAUACUGGAGAGAAACCACAUGAAUGUUCUCUGUGUGGGAAAAGGUUCUAUCAAGAAAGAGUUUUGCGGAGACAUCAGAAUAUCCACACCGGAGAGAAAUCAUACAAAUGUUCUCACUGUGGAAAACGCUUCACAGAGGCUUGGAAUUUGAAGCAACAUCAACGGAUUCAUACUGGAGAGAAACCACAUGAAUGUUCUCAGUGUGGAAAAAGGUUCUAUCGAGAAGGUGAUUUGCGGAGACAUCAGAAUAUCCACACUGGAGAGAAAUCAUACAAAUGUUCUCACUGUGGAAAACGCUUCAGGGAGACUUGGAAUUUGAAGUCGCACCAGCUGCUUCAUACUGGAGAGAAACCACAUGAAUGUUCUCAGUGUGGGAAAAGGUUCUAUCAAGAAAGAGUUUUGCGGAGACAUCAAAGUGUCCACACUCCAAAGAAAUUAUGCAAAUGUUCUCAGUGUGGAAGAGCGUUCUCUCGAAAAGUAGAUUUGCAGAGACAUCAGAAAGUCCACACUAGAGAGGAAUCAUACAAAUGUUUUCAAUGUGGGGAAUGCUUUAGCCAGAGUGGGGCCCUGCUAGAGCACCAGAGAACUCACACAGAGGUUCCUCAGGGCUUAAACGUGUUGACAUUUGUACAAAAAUGGCUCACUGGAAAACAACAGGAUUCUGCAUGAAACGUUGGCUAGAUAAAAUAUGAGGCAAGGCAUUGUUAGAAAGAGUUUGCUUACAAGAGUUUUAUUGUUAGAGGAAUUGCCAAAAAUAGUACAAGCUCAAUAUAAUAUGGUGACCAUUUAUAUUUUGUACAAAUAAGGGUGAGAAAUAAUGUCAUGUCACGGAGGGCUGCUAUCAAGACACUGUUCUGCUUUGAAAUAUUAUGUCUCAACAUUGUAUGCAUUACUCUAAUGUACUUUACAUGUACUUUGUCAAUUUUAGUACCUUUUUCAUAUCUGGUUUCUAUACAAACUCAAUAAAAAAUUUUUUGCAAAAAGAGAGAGAGAUAACGCAUACCGGAGAGAAGAGAAAACCAUAUGAACGUUCUUGGUUUGCAAAAAAAUUCUGUGACGAAGUAAAUUUGAACAGACAUCCAAGAACUCACAGUGGAGAGAGAUGAUCUGAUAUUCUGUAUGUGGUAAAUACCGGUAACGUCAGUGAGAGAGAAGAGUGAGAGAAAUGAGGGAGUUAUUACUGACCAUAUAAAUCAGGCAUCCCCAGACUUCAGCCCUCCAGAUGUUUUGGACUACAAUUCCCAUCAUCCCUGACCACUGGUCCUGUUAGCUAGGGAUCAUGGGAGUUGUAGGCCAAAACAUCUGGAGGGCCGCAGUUUGGGGGUGCCUGAUAUAAAUGUUCUUGGUGUGCAGAAAGUUUCAGCUGGAGACCCACAACGCCCCUGCGAGGGAAGCCAGCUCAGGGGACGUUUCAAAGCACGCAGAUGACGGCGCUGGAGGAGCAGGCUGAAUGCAACUACCUGAGGCACCCCGUUGAGACUGCCUGCCUGUGCCUGCCUCUUGUAAGGCUGAAGCGCCCCAGGUGGGCCCUUCCUUCGCUCUUGCUCUUUUGGUAACCCAGGCCCUGUGGUCGCAGGUGAGAAGAGCAAGGGGCUGAGAGGACUCAGAAAGUGGCUCUGUAUAGCCAGGAAGCUCACCAAUGUCAGCGGCUUUUUGCUUCAAGCUCUCUGGCCUCCAUUAGUGAGAGUGAACAGAGAGGAAUGGGACGGAAGUGCUUCAGGAGCCGUUAAAACCUGGCAGAAUGGCAGAUGCAGAGGUGCCGUGCAGAGCACAGAAAAGCCACGUAGGGAUCCUUUCUACACACACAGCCCGGGCUCUACUAUUAUUACUGUUAUUAUUAUGCACAAUUUAUUUAUAUCUCACCUCUUCCCCAAAUUGGGAUUCAAUGCGG